AUGGAGUGGGAUCAAUCACUUGAACAGGCUGACCCAGAGCUUUUCGAUAUUAUCGAACAUGAAAAAUGCAGACAAUGGGGAGGAAUCGAGCUGAUUGCUUCGGAAAAUUUCACAUCUAGAGCCGUCAUGGACUGUCUUGGAUCUUGUUUAACAAACAAAUAUAGUGAAGGACUACCAGGGAAGAGAUAUUAUGGAGGGAAUGAAUAUAUCGACCAAGUUGAAAGCCUCUGCCAAAGACGAGCAUUGGCUGCAUUCAAUUUAGAUGCACAAGCUUGGGGUGUAAACGUUCAGCCAUACUCCGGAAGUCCUGCUAAUUUUGAAGUAUACACAGCUCUUCUUAAUCCUCACGACAGAAUUAUGGGUCUUGCUUUACCUUCUGGAGGACAUCUGACACAUGGGUACUACACUGCUAAAAAGAAGCUAUCAGCCAGUUCAAUCUUCUUUGAAUCUCUCCCAUAUCAGCUUGACAUGGCAACUGGUAGGAUUGAUUAUGAUGCUCUUGAAACUCAAGCCAAGCUUUUCUUGCCAAAAAUUUUAAUUUGUGGAGCCAGUGCAGGUGAGGUUUAAAAUAAAGUGUGCUGUAGUUUUUUAAACCCUUUAAAAAUGACUAUAAUUUUCAAAAAUUUUUUUUGGUAUGAAAAAAGUGCAAACGCUUAUUUUGAAUUUUUCCUAGCAGGAUGGUGAAAAAGGUAAACAGUGUUUUCAAAACAGCAAAAACAGAGGGAAAAAGUACUUGGAAAAAUUCAAAACAGCCGUUUGUACUUUUCAUACCAAAAAUCAUUUUUUAAAAGUGUAGUCAUUUUAUAGGUUUUUAGAGGGAUUUAAGUGCACUUUAUUUAACCUUACCCACCAGUGCAUACCCUAGGGACUAUGAUUAUGCCAGACUAAGAAAAAUUGCUACAGACAUCGGGGCUUAUCUUAUGGCAGACAUUGCUCAUUUUAGUGGGCUCGUGUCAUCUAACGUCCUUUCGAAUCCAUUUGAGUACUGUGAUGUGGUGACUACAACAACUCACAAAACAAUGAGAGGUCCCAGAAGUGCAAUUAUUUUUUUUAAAAAAGAACUUGAAGACCGCAUCAAUGGGGCUGUAUUCCCAGCUCUUCAGGGUGGCCCUCACAAUAACAAUAUUGCAGGGGUAGCAACUCAGUUGAGAGAGCUAGCAACAGAGGAAUACAAAGAGUACGCCAGACAAGUUGUGAAAAACUCUAGAGCUUUAGCAGAUGAACUGAUAAGCUUAGGAUACACCUUAGUUUCUAAUGGAACUGAUAACCAUUUAAUGUUGUGGGAUUUAAGACCUCAAGGACUCACUGGGAAUAAAUUUGAAAAAGUUUGUGAUGCUGUAAGAAUCACGCUGAAUAAAAAUUCAGUCCCUGGAGAUACAUCAGCUUUAACCCCUGGAGGUGUCAGAGUAGGAACUCCAGCUAUGACAACCAGAGGUCUUAAUGAAGACAAUUUCAAAACUGUUGCCCAUUUCUUGCAUAGAGCUAUACAGAUUUCAUUGGAAAUCCAAGAAGCGACAGGGAAAAAACUCAAUGACUUUUUAGCAGCAAUUCCAGAAAAUGAAAAAAUCAAAGCGCUUAAGCAAGAAGUCUUUGAGUUUUCAACGCAGUUUAGAAUUCCUGGUUUCAGCACGGAAAAUAUGAGGUAUAAAUCCUUACUCCCCCCUCCGUGAGUGAACAAAAAAAUUUUUGUUCACUCACGGAGGGGGGUUAUUUUUUUUUUUUAAAAAAGAUUAUAUAUAAUUUUUAUAAAAAAAUUUGUUUUUCGAAAUUUAAAAAAAAUCCUAAUUCGCAAAAAUUGAAAAGCAAAUAUUAAUUUAUUUUAUAAAAUUUAUGUUUUAAAAAGCAAUUCGUUUAAAAUUAAACAGAAGUAGCUUUAGAUUUCAUUAUACUAAUUAUCAUUUAUAUAUCAAAAAUUUUUUCCAUAAACAAUUUUUGUAUUAAAAAAAUUUUUGUUCACUCACGGAGGGUGGGUUUUUGGGCAAAAAAUAGGGAUUUUCUAAUGGUUUUGUUCACUCACGGAGGGGGGGGGGAGUUAGAAUAA